AAACAUUCAAGUACGAUUUAUAUACAUUUUAAGCAUAAAAACUUUAAUUUUAAUGUUCCCAUCAACUAUCUCAAAGAUUAAUUAGAGGGGUAAAAUGCAAUGUUACCCUACUCUUGUUUAAUCGGUUUCCUCAAAUUAAUUAUCUUAAAUUUGACGAAUUAACUUCCACUACAUCCAAAUUCAAGUCCAUUUGCUGUGCCGUGUGUGAAUUGGAGAGAGAUGAGAAGGGGGAAAAUUGCCUCAGGUGGCAAUGAAGCGAGAAAAGCGAGAAAGAGGAGCGAGAAAGGAGACCCGAAAUCCCUCAAUGCCUAUUUCUAGCAGAGGAAGUCACGAACAGAAGACUUCAAAUGCCGGGAUCUUGAAGUUGACAAUCAAGAACAAAUAAGAGAACCGGGUAAUGAAAACAAGGGCAAGCCGGGAAAAGGGUUCUUCGCUUGCUAUCUGCUAACCUCUCUCGGCCCUCGUCAUAAAGGCCACACCUAUAUCGGAUUUACUGUGAACCCACUGCGUCGAAUAAGACAGCACAAUGGGGAAAUAGGGAGGGGUGCUUGGAGGACAAAGAGGUGAUGCCCGUGGGAAAUGGUUGUGUGCAUAUAUGGUUUUCCAACCAAUGAAUCUGCUCUUCAGUUUGAGUGGGCCUGGCAGCAUCCUCAAGAACCAGCAGCUGUGAGGCAAGCAGCUGCAACAUUUAAAUCCUUCUCUGAUGUCACCAAUAAGAUAAAACUUGCAUAUAUGAUGCUCGCCCUUCCUGCCUGGCGGAGCUUGAACAUCACGGUAAACUACUUCUCAACCAAAUACACAAAUCAUUCUGCUAGUUUCCCAAGCUUGCCGGAGCAGAUGAAAGUUAAAGUUUCACCAAUGGAUGAGCUCCACUGCUAUACUGAACCAAACGAGUUUGAAUACAAAGAUGAUUGUGAUAACUUGGAUGAAUAUGACGAAGUCAGUGAUACAUGUGAAACUGUUCCAGAAACAUAUCCAAAUGAAGUGGUUAUUGUUUCAGCAGAUAAUUUGCAUAGCAUCAUUCAUGAGGCUUGUCAUGAACAAUCUAAACACAUUGAAGAAUAUGGGACAAGAAAACCAGGGAAGUCAUCCAAUCUUGGAGUAGAUACGAGCAUUGCUGGGAACGAGUCUUUGAGGGGCAUGCCGUUUAAAUAUGCUGUGGAAGCUGAUGAAGAUCCACAACGAUCGGUAAAAGAGAAACCAUCAACUACUGACGAGGAAUAUGAAAAGCUAGGGGAAACUUGCACUUUUGGAGUAUAUCACAGGCAGCCAUUUGAUGUUGUCUGUUCACCAGUACGAGCAUCUUCCUCAGUUCUUACUAGCCUUUCUGGUGAAGAGACAGCUGAAGGAACCAAUAUAAGCAUUAUUGACAAGGAAUAUUGGAUUCAGAAGCAAUUUUCAGCUUUUGUAGCGGCCAGUGGAGAUCAAGAGUCAUGGAGAAAAGGGAAACCAUUGACCACUGAAGUUGCAGUUUUGAAAGAUCAUGUCCCUAGUUUCGAUGUCACUCGUGAACCUGAGGUUAAAGAUUUAUUAACCCCAUCUCCCAGCUAUGGAGUCAGGCCAUGCACCAAGAAAAGAAGAAUUUCCAAGUUUUCUCCCGAGAUCAUAGAUCUCACUUGAGUAAUAUGUUACUCGGACUUGGUUUAAGCAUAUACCCGAGAUCGUUAUUGUGAGUGCUUUGCAGCAGGGAUUUACUGCAAGGAUUGUUGUGCAUGUGAUAACUGUUUGAACAAGCCAGAUUAUGAGGAUAUUGUUCUUGAUAUUCGACAUCAAA